GGCAGAGCCUUUCGUUCUCUCCGAUCCCUCCCUUCGGACACCUGCUCCAUCUGAGCCAAGUCACCGUCCUGAUACCGUCCUUGCAUACGAGCGCACCGCCGACUCGGACGCAUCUCGCCUAGUUUCGUCCCUGGCACGCGAAUUUGCAGAACUCCCAUUGCAUAUGACCUCAAAACCAGCUACUCCUCGGCCACGUGCGAAUGAAGAGACUCUAAACAUGUCCCAGCGAACAUCCGAGGCCGGCAGACCCCUCAAUGUUACAGAUGCCCUCAGCUAUCUUGACGCCGUCAAGAUCCAGUUUCAAGACAAGCCUGAUGUGUACAACCAUUUCCUAGACAUUAUGAAAGACUUCAAAAGCGAAGUCAUUGAUACACCGGGGGUCAUUGAAAGAGUUUCUAUGCUCUUUCAUGGGAACCGAGAUCUGAUUCAAGGCUUCAACACGUUCCUUCCCCCUGGAUAUCGAAUAGAAACAUCCGUAGACCCUCGGGACCCCAAUAUGAUCACUGUCACGACUCCAACAGGAACAACAACUCAAAAUACUACUACCUUCGAGCAGUAUUUUCGACUCAACCGUGAAGGCGCUGGGAAAUCUGGAGUAAUGACAUAUGCUCAUGGAAUACCGCCCCCGCUCCAUCCCUCACCGCGUUCUGCGACGCCGUAUACAGCACCGACUGGUCACCCUUCUCAUGAAAUUCAGUCUGGAUAUCAUGUCGCAUCAGCAACUGACGCUGCUUCUUUGCUCGGCAACUUGAACGGCAAGACUGCACAAGAAAACAAAUCAGCGGGGGAGUUUAAUCACGCUAUUCAGUACUUGAACAAAAUCAAGGCACACUACUCAGACGAUCCGGAUACGUAUAAACAGUUCUUGGAGAUCUUGCAGACUUAUCAGAAGGAGCAAAGGCACCUGCAAGAUUCGCAGGUCUAUGUUCAGGUUCAAAUGCUAUUCAAAGAUGCUCCUGAGCUCCUCGCUGAAUUCAAAGACUUCCUUCCUGAGGUCACUAACGCCUUCGCUGGACCCGUCGGCGUUGUCGGAAUUCUCCCUCAUCCAGUCACUGGGCCCGGGAUGGCCAUCCCAUGGGGCCAACCCGAGUCGGGUCCUUCGAAUGACAAGCAAGAUAGGAGUGCCAAGAGGACUACCGCCGCCGCUAAACGAAAGCGAAGAGGGGUUGCAGAGAAAGAGCUCACCCCCGCACCUCCGGCUAAACCCUCUGCUGGGAAUAGAAGCAAGAGAUCGAAAAUUAACCACAAACCUGCCGACCCAGAAUCCCCUCCUUAUCCAACUUAUGGGCUUCCGGCCUCGCCUUCUCCCAUGCACCCGACGAUGCACCCCCAAUCUCAUAUCGUAUCUGCUCCGGCAGCGCAGGCCCAAUCUACCUCACUACUUGCUGUGCCAGUUCCUAUCGACCCUGCGGAGCAGGCGGGAUCUAAAGACAACCUGGUGUUCUUGGAAAGGGCAAAGGCAAUGCUAGAACAUCAGAAGAUCUACGACGAGUUCUUAAAACUCCUGAACCUCUACUCCAAGGACAUAAUUGAUCCGAAGACGUUGAUCGAGAUGGCACAAGCUUUCCUGGGGGAAGGAGACAUGCUCGCCCAGUUCAAAGAUGUUGUUGGUCUAGGAGAACAGCUAGAUGGUAUUGAUUAUGGUCCGCCAGGAAGCAUCCGAACAGGGCCACCAGAUCCUGGGCCCGGGUUGCCCGCGUUCAAAGGCGAGGGUCCCAGCUACAGGAGAACCCCCGAAAGUGAACUUCGACUAGCCUGUUCUGCUCGAGAUGAACUCUGUCAUUCGGUCCUUAAUGACGAAUGGGCAUCCCAUCCCACUUGGGCAUCCGAAGACAACACUUACUUCACAACACACAAGAAGAACUCGUUCGAGGAGGCCAUGCAUCGAAGCGAAGAAGAGCGCCACGAAUACUGGGUCCAGCUGGAAGGGCUCUCACGUCUUCUUUCGCUUCUGGAGCCUCUGAAUGCUCGCAUAGAAGAUUUGACGAACGAUGAGAGGGCGAGCUUCAGGUUGCGACCUGAUUUUGGCGGGCCCAGUAAGGGUAUCUACUAUCGAAUCCUCAAGAAGGUCUAUGGCAACAGCGCAAACGAAGUUAUCCAUGCUCUUCAGGAUUGUCCUAGUAUAGCUGUUCCUGUUGUCCUAACUCGUCUUAAGCUGAAAGAUGAUGAGUGGCGACGGGCUCAGCGGGACUGGGCAAAGGCUUGGAGAGAUAUCGACUCCAAGAACUUCUACAAGUCCCUUGACUAUCAGCUAGGGAAUGCCAAAGGCGAUCGUAAGACUUCACCGGUAAAACAAGCAGUUGCCGCCAUUGAAAGCCUCAAGACAGAGCAAAAGCGAGCUUACGACAAGCAAAGCCGGCCGUCAUUUACCUUCGCACCUGAUCACCAGCUCAAGCUCGAGUUCCACGAUGUUGAUCUGGUGCGAGACGCUCUCAGAUUGACCUACUCAUUCGUCGAGCACUUAUCUGCUCAAUACUCUCCUCAAGAGAGACGGGCCGUUGAGAGUUUCUUACAAGCGUUCAUCGAUCUGCUAUGCUAUACGCCCUCAGCUGAGCAGUCAAUAUCUAGUCAGCACGUCAUGCCUCAGCAGAACGACCAUCAAGGCAUGAAGAAAGACCAUGGUUCGGACGCACUGAAGGAUUCUUCGUAUUCUUCCCGUGCGGCUACUCCACCUACCACGAAGUCGACAUAUGGCGGUGCGCCAAGCGUCUUUGGGCCAGGGAACGAAGUGGACGAAGCAUGGAUUACCGAGUCGUUCAACCACUUGGAAAUUGGUUCUCUCGAGGACAACUCUCGGCGCCGUCCCUUCUUUGCCAACACGACCUUUUACGCGCUGCUCUCGUUCUUCCAGUCAUUAUACUCGAAGCUUCUGGUGUGCAAGGAGGCGGGCGCUACGAUAAUUGCUCAGAAACUUGCACCCUUGCGCCCUAACCCAAUUGCUGUGGAGCUUGGUUUAGAUGACCCGAACGGGCCUUUGGCAGUACUCUCCCAAUAUGCGGGGACUUCUAUCGAUGAAAUCCCUUGCGAUAGGAACCUGGUUUAUGAGUACCUGCUUGGUGCCAUCGAGAAGACAUUUGAGAAUGAAGCAAGCUUGCCAUUGGUGGAGGAGCAUAUCCGGUGGUUUGUUGGAUCCAAGGCUUACCUACUCUUCAACCUGGAUAAAUCAAUGGCACUGUUAGUGAAACAGGUACAAACUGUCCUCAACGACAACCGAUGCCAGGAACUAUGGGCUUUGCUCCAAGAGACUCGCAAGGUGGAAUCAGUUUCGAAUCAGGAUACUGUGCGAUACCGUCGAGAGGCAGAGAAACAUGUAGGAGCCGACGAGCACCUAUAUCGGAUAGACUGGGAUCAUGUGGAGAAGGUGAUGCUUGUGCAUUUAGUUGAACCGCACGAGCCGAGCACAGUGGGGGGUGGAUCCGCGACGAGUCGGUGGAGGGAAUAUGUGGACUCAUACGUCCUCCGGCAGCCGACUGAGUGGCUUCCCCGGCGGCAAACCAAGAGACAACCUGGCGGUAGCGCGCUAUUUCUAAGACGGCAGCUCACGGCCGACGAAACACCGGCGAUCGAAACUUCGUGGGCUGAUCUUGGUGUACGCAUUAGCCUCGGAACAUACAAGUUGUUCUAUGAGGCAGGGUCGGAGGAUGUGCUAGUGGCACGGCGGGACGAGGACGAGGAACGGGAGCUUCGGGAUCGGGCCCGAGUGCGGGAGGCUGAACGGCGGAAGUGCCGGUGGUUAUCAGACUGAUAUCCAAGGCCAGGCGAGCAGUUUCCAUAGGUUUUGGGAUAGAUCAGGAGCGCGUGGGCUGUCGUGCAGGGUAUGUGCAUAUAUUUAGUACUUACAGUACAAAGCCAAAUUUAGCCUGUAAUCAAGCCGCUGCAUCAUGCAUGUUCUGCAUAAUCACGUACAGUUAGU